UAGUGUGCCAUGCAACUAACCAUCAUUAUUACUACUCUUAAAACCUAAACCCGGAAGGAAAGAAACCAGUGGGAUGGCGGGUUCCGGCGAGGUCCAACUGCACCGCUAUCCGCAGUCGAAGUCUGUCGACGCCGUCCGGUGGCUCCAUCCUGUCUCAGCCUUCGACGGCUUCAUUGCCGCCGCUGUCUACGACACCGACGAAGCAUCCUCAUCCGUUGAGAUACAUUCUGUACGCCGCAACAACGACACUGAAAACCCUAACCGCAGCAAGCCUUCUCUCCAUCUUCGUUCCGAAUGGCCAUCUCCAUCCCGAAUUUCCUCCUUACGAACCUCAGAGACCCCUCAGGGGCGGGCUGUUGCCGCACUGUCCACAUGCGCUGGAUCCGUUCACUUCAUAUUUGUGGAUCCGAUAGAUGGGUCCGUGGACUUGGAGCUAUCGACUGAUGAGGAUCAGCCUCUGCACAAUGGAUCGGUUUCUGUUGUGGAUCUCCAGGAUGGUGGGCAUAGGUGCCUGAGCGUGGGUGAGGAUGGGAGGGUGAAUUUGGUUUCGGUUGGUGAAGGAAGGCUUGAUAACCAGAAGGUGCAUGACAAUCGGGGGUUGGUGUCUUAUACGGCAGUGAAAUGGGGGUCACAGGCGGAAUUUGCCACUGGCGGAUUUGGCUUCGGGUUGCAGUGGUGGGAUCUGAGGAAGCCUGAGGGGUUAGUUUCUCAGCUUAAAGGAAAUUGGGCUCAAGGAAACAUGACAGGCAUUGUGCAUUCAAUUGACAUACAUCCUUCCAGAAAGCAUAUUUCUGUUGUGGGUGGUUCAUCAGGCACAGUUUUUGCCUGGGAUCUAAGGUGGCUACAGGAGCCGAUCUUACUUUCUGGAGCAACUGCAGCAGGACGAUCCCCCUUUGAGAGUGAGAUUUGGGAGAUCCAAUAUGACAUCCAAGCUCAGUCCUCAAGCAUCAGCUCAGCUUCUUCCACGAAGAUUUUACCCGUCAUGUUUUGUUCAGAAGAUGGAAAUCUUGUUGUUGUUGAACAAGGCAAACCACCUAUUGAACUGCUGGCAGAGGCAUGUCCCAUCAACUCUUUCGACAUCGAUCCACAAAAUCCAUCUGAUAUAAUCUGUGGCUUCGGGUGGGAAAGCAUUGGCGUUCUAAUGAGGCCAAAAGAGGCUGCUUUAAUUCACUGAAAACUAAAACUGUAAGUUUUAUUUAUUUUUUUAUUUUGCUGAGUUGUGCUUUACUGAAGUGGAUAUAAUUAUAUUUUCUAUUUCUAAAAUACAAAAUAGAAAACCAUCAA